AUGGUCGAUGGAGUGCCUGGCUAUCAUGGCGGUGCAGGUGAUCCUCCAUGCUACAAUUGUGGCAUCAGGGGCCACUGGUUCAAUGCUUGUCCCGAGCCAGCACGAAAGAUUCCUGCGGGUCGCGACUAUGGCCGGGACCGUCCGCGCUAUUCCCCGCGAGAAGCGAGUCCUCACAGACAACGUCAAGGUCAAGACCAGUCACCACCCCAUCGAUCGGCUGCCGUAGAAAGACGUGGCCGCCAUGAACGGCGUCGGGACGACCCACCUGGCGGUAGCAACGGCAGCAACAAUCGUAAGGGCGACAGGAGUCAGUCCAAACAGACUAACUCGAAAGUGUCAGAGAAGCAAAAUGAGCGGCCAAGAGCAGACAAAGCCCAACGGCAGCAACGGCAGUCUGCAAGUGAUACCAAAGCACCAGCUCCUGAUGGCGAAAUCCUCCAAUGGGGGCUCGUUGUGCCUUACAUGCCUGUUUGGGAUUUUGAAGAGGCAGAAGCGACCGACUCGAAGGUUGAAUCGAGAGGCGAUAGGCCCUUUGAGGAAGAUGACGACUUUGAGUGGAUGCUGGGCCAGCUUUUUGCCGACUGGGUGCCCUACUACCAAAGCCGUCCAAUUUCGAAACCGCUACCGCAAGAGUACAGCGAGGAAGACAUUCCAUCACCAAACGGGUAUGAUGACGUGCUCCAGACUGAGUACAUCACAGCGACAAAUGUGGACCAUUUUGCUCUGAGCAUCCGAGAUACUAAGGAAUGGCGCAUCAAGAAGUGGUUUCCACUAUGGGCUGAUCCUUUGGACAUCCAUCCACGUAUGCUGGCGCGGCUAGCCGAUCACGACAAGCAGUCUAGAGAGCAGAGUGCCCGAGAAGGCUCCCAACAUGCCUCGAUGAAAGCGAACGGACGCCCUCCUGCGGACAAGGCCAAUCAAGGCGAUAAAACCAAGAUAGCGGGCGUGAGGUCACCACAUGAGGCCCUAGUUGCGCCAUCACCCGACAAGCAUGGCAAGGGCGACGCCAAGCGUUCCUUGUCAGGCAACAAUUCGUUUGUGCAAAGACUUGAGCAGGAUGAUCGACAACAUGACGUGCAUCUGAAACGAUACAAUUCAUCCCGCCAAUCACCCCCAGACAAUCGGCAAGCUCAAUUGUUUAAAGCGCAUGAAGACGAGCAACAGCGUCCUGCGAACUAUGAGCACGCCAGCGCCAAUAACGAGUCACGGGGAUCUAAGGGCCAGCUGUCCGACAGACAAGGGCUCAGUGAGGAGAACUCGACAACAUCAAUAGACACUUUCAAACACAAGCAUAGUCUUGACCGGGAUGCGAGAGGACCGCGAACACAGGUGGGCAUUGAACAAGACACGAUCAAAGUGGCAUCGCCCCACGAGAGUACUGUCCGUCACACCUGCGAGACGAACGACCCCGAGCGACCAUCUAGCAGAGGCAGCUUGAGGAGCUGGCACAGCCGUGGGAGAGUCAGUCGACAGGCGUCAAUCGUCAGCGAACUUUCGCACCCGGAGUCACCUCUCACGCCGACGGAAAUGGCACUGCUCGGGAUCGAGGGCUCAGACGACGAUGACUCUGACAGCGAUAGCGAGAAGGGCGGUAAGGCCAAGGUUAGCCUGACACCGCCGCCGCCGCCCACGCCGCAACGACAGAAGCAAGCGCACAGAAAGGGCGACGACGUGAGUGCGACAAAGUCCUCCCGGGCUCUGAAACGGCAAGCCCCGACUGCGACAGUCGAGGAGACCACGCCUCGCACCAAGAAGCGCCGGCAACAGGUCGCUUCUGCAUUCAAUCGCCGAUGGUAG